AUGGAAUAUCGAGGCGUCCUCAUCUCGGUCGACGGUUACAUGAAUGUCCAGAUGGCUAACGCCGAAGAAUACAUUGAUGGAACAAACACUGGAGCUUUGGGAGAAAUUUUAAUAAGGUGCAACAACAUCCUCUACAUCGGAGGCGCCGAAGACUCAGAAAUUCAUGAGCCAGCAAAUAACGCCAGCAAUCUUGUCGCAAUUCUGCGAGAGCUUCUUCAAGAAAACAUUCUCCGCAGAAAAGGUUUGCUGACUCGAUCGAUAAUUCAAGCACAAGCCUUUUCUCCAACAUUUUCACAUGUAUACGCUGAUGCUACUGAUGCUGAAAAUAUGCUUAGCAUUUUCAAAUUGGAUCCUGAUUUUGAGAAAAAGGCAGCUGCCUUCAACGAGAUCCGUGAACAUUUGGUGAGGCCGAUGAAAGUGAAGAGGAAUCAGAGGAAUAGGACGAGGAUUAACUCAACCUCAACAAAUGGAAAACAUUAUCCGUGGAAAGGGUUUGCUGACUCGAUCGAUAAUUCAAGCACAAGCCUUUUCUCCAACAUUUUCACAUCUCAGCCUCAACAAAUGGAAAUCAUUGACAACACUGAGCAAAAUCUCGUCGGUUUCCGUCGCGAAGCUUACUUGACAAUUCAAUCACGGCUCGACUAUCAAGAGCACCCGGAACGCAUUCACAUUCUCGUUGAUUGUUGUGCACGGGAACGUACUUAUGGAAGGUUUUAUCGACUUCUCUGCGAGCGUUUUUGUCGGCUGAAACGUGAAUCUGAAGCUACUUUUGAGACAAUAGCUCGUGAGACUUAUCAAACUAUCCAUCGCUUUGAUAUUACGAAACUGAGGAAUUUGGCUCGUUUAAUCAGUCAUUUGCUUUUCACAGAUGCCAUUACUUGGGAUGUUUUGAGCGAAAUCCAUUUGAACGAGAAUGAGACAACUUCUUCGGGCAGGAUUUACACGGACGGUGGAUCUUCGCGAGUUUUUGGAAAAAGGCGGAAAGAGGAAGAAGUC